AAUAAAUUGUUAUUAUAGUAAAAAAUUGACAGUAAUGUAGUUUAAUUAUUGCUAGAAGAGAAAUAUUAUAAUAAACCUCACAGCAAAGAAAAACUAAUAAAUGCUACUAUUUUACUUCAGGCACGUGUAUUUGCAGCAUCAAUAAUUAAUCCAAGAACGUAUCUUUUGAUCUUUUAUUCUUUUGGCCUAGAAUUUCCUUCGCUGAUGAAAGCCAUCAUUUUAGGUUUUUAAAACUACCAUGUCGCUGACAAGAAUAUUCCUGUAAUACAUUCAUCGAAUGUUGCUGAAAAGUAACAACAAUAGUAAUAAGAAAAAUAUCUAGCAUUUAAUAGCACAUUCAGUAGUUUACAAUUCAUUGUUGAUUAAAAUGUAUGCGUGGCCAAAUGAAAAAAAGCAAAAUCUUCAUCACGAUUCCGAUAGAAAGCAUCCAAAUCGUUGUGUGUACCAAUAAUAUAUACAUGUAGCAUAUAGUAACUACGAUGAUGAUGAUGAUGAUGAUGCUGAUGAUGAUGACAAAGACGAAGACUAUGACGACGACACUGUCCCCGUCACUUUUCCCUACCUCUUUUUCAAUCGUAUUCUUCAUCGGCCCUUCCCCUACGCGUUGCUCUUUCUCCUUUACUCGCGUAAUAACCCCCUUGAUCAUCGAGAAAUAUAACAUAUACACACAUACACAUUUUUAAACUGUAUACUACUCCCCUUGCUCCGUUAGCCUCGCGGUAAACGCGCGCGAUCGUGCGUUUCUGCGGUCCACGAGGUGCGCGCGCACGGUCACUCUCCCACCACCGAUUCGCGUGGCUACAACACACGAUACUGCACAAACUGCAGGGUACUUUAGCCCGGUGGUGGGGUAGAAAGUCGUCAGGCAUGUGUACAAGUGUGUAUCAGUGUGUUGUAGUGUCAAACCAGUCAAGCUAGGGAGCAACGAAUCAUUGCCACACCAGACCUCGAGGAGAGUAGACGCGUUUCCCGUUCACUCAGCUCAGUCGAGAUCUUGUGCUCACUUCUUAGCAGUAAUAUUUUCUAGUAGUUGACUACUUCAAGUGUGACAUUCACUGCCCUGAACUCUGUUGUUUCUGCCUCAAUACAGAAAAAUAUAUUAUUAAUUGUUCGAAUCCUGUGACUUUUGUGCUCAAGUUUUUUAUUGCUGUCAUCUUAUCACGCGCAUGGACAAGUUUUCUUUCACACAAAAAUUCAUCCGAGUGUGAGAAACGUGAUUUUUGCCAGUUGUUCUUUGUGCAAAUAAUACGUGCAAAUAUUGUUCUGCGUAUUUCUGCUGAACUUAUGGACUGAUCCCAGCUGAUAAUAAGAAGACAGUAUAAUAAAUCAGUGAUAAAUAGUCAUAGAGAAAUAUUUUAUAUCAACAGAUUAUUAGUGCAUGACUUGAAUUGUCAUAACAACUGAACUUUAUAAGACUAUUAAUUCGCACUUAUGGAAAUAGAUCCAUUUGAGGAUCCACCUUAUAGACGUUUCAGACGGCGUAAUCAUUAGUCAAAAAUCCAUCAAGAGACUUUGUAUAUUGAUGACAUUCACUAGUGUAAACGAAACAAGUGUGCUGCUGCUUGAUAAUCGUCUUGCACGAAUACCAGCAGCGCACGUGUGAGCUUUUAGUGAUUAUUAUAUCAAUAGACAAAGAUAACGAAGAUAAUAAUAAAAACAGUAGCGUGUUGUAACUGGCGAUAUGAAUGUAUUGAAUAAUUGUGCAUCUCAUGACACUUAUCAUUGUUUACAGUUACACGUGACCAUAUUUCAUAACUGAAAUACGAUAAUAACAAUUAAUUGAUAGAUCAAAUGCACUUCUUGGAGUGCGUAAAAAGAUAAACUUUAUACAAGUGCUGCAACAAGUGCUCAAUCCUAAAUGAACUGAUAACUGCCAUUGAAAUUAUUUAGCUACAAUUGGAGUGUGUUGAGUAGGAAGUUAAUAUCUGAUUUAAAAAAAAGAAAUAAACAAUUAUUACGUUUAUUGUCAUGGCUAUUCCAUUCAAUUUGCCAUCUGAAGACGAGGCCGAGGCACAAAGCCAACAGUUGGAGCAGCUGAUGUUGGACCUUUACGCAGCUCUGCAACAGGUCCUUCGGAGUAGGAGUGCACAGCAUCCAUCUCGCAAUCAUCGUUUGCCACGACGUGUAGGCGACGUACCAGGAAAUCGUGACCAUCCGAUCGUCCUUAUCGACUCGGACCUGUCGCGUCUGCCGCUCCCGGACCUUGUGCUCUCGGCAGUACAACAAUUGCCAUCACCCGAGCCCCAAGUGACUGUCUCGGCGCCGAGUAGUCCGACGAGAGAUGCUGCUUUUCAAUUCCCAGAGUGUAGCGUGCCUGUACCCAGUCCGAGGCCACGACCACGAAGACGAAGACUUACGUCUGAGAGUUCGACUCUUGAGAAGGGUGCCAACAGAUCAGAGAGCAGUGUCGGCUGUUGUGGUGCAAGUAGUGGACAUCAUCUCAGUCACUCUUGCAAUGAAAGAGAGUGGGCGAGUGUUGGCGCCAAUCUUAGAAACAUCGCUGAUGAUUUUCAUGCAUCCAAGACUAAGAAUGCUGAAAUGGAGAAGUCGAGGCUACCAUUUUUGGGAAUGGGGUUCCCAAGUGUUACAACGAGUUCGUCAUCAUCAGCGGAUAGCUUCCUAUCAAUGUUGAUUCCAGCACCACUACGUGAGACACUGUGGACAACAGUGGCACUGUAUCUUGGUUGGCGAUUGGUUUCCCGUCUACGAUAGAGAAACUGAACUAAACUACAACUGAUGAUGGUGGUAUUGACAAUUGCGAGACGUCGACAAUUCAACGGAGGAGGUAGUUGACCGAUUAUCGAAGACUACUUUUUUUAUUGUAUGAAUUCCAGAGAGGUACCAAAUCUCAGCAUUCAGACUCUUAUGUCUUUUAUUCUCUCUUGUGAAUUCAUGACACUUUUCAUUUACUUUUCUGGACUAAAAGUAAAUGAAAUAUAAAUAAAAAUGAUAUACAAUAAUGGUUACUAGAACCUGAAUGGCAACAAAAUCAUCAAUUGCCAAUCGUAUGUAAUAAUAUAAGAGAAUAUUUUGUCAAAUCGUGAUUAGUAAUUUGAACGUGGAGGAUCGAGGGACUACCGGGAGGAUAGUAAAUGGAUUAAAGAUAAAUUUAAAUUACUAAGAACAAUAAUAAAAGAAAAUAUUGAUUAAAAAUUUUAAUGAUUUAUAUAAGAAAUACGAGGAUAGGCUGAAACAGGGGAGCUGAGGACGAGAUCCAAAGAGGACUUAACCCAAUAAUCAAAUGUUGAUCUCAUUAUGAAUAAAUAAAGAGAGGAGUUUAUAUAAA